GAAAAUAUUUUGUUUGAAUAAAAUUAUGAAUUAAAAAAUAAUUGUGUGUUCUUGUUUUCUGACAAACUUUGUUCGUGCAUUCGAUACCUAAUUAAAGUGUUUAUUUCCAAGAAUUUAAGAGAUCAUUGAUAAAAAUGGAAAAGGAAAUACAUUACGCCAGUGUUGUAAUUUGCAUUUAGAAUUUUUAUCUUCCUCCAUUUUUCUUUUUUAAUUUGAAUAAAGAUGGUUCUGUGAAAUUUUCGUCCCGUUGAUUGAACAUUUUUAAUUGCAUUGUUAACAAUGAAAAAAUAAAUAAAAAGAUAAAAUAACGAUUUAAUAAACUCUUAAUUAAAUUCUUAUAUCUCUCUUUAAAUUAAACUUUUCUCUCUUAAUAAAAUCUUAUCAAACGUGUGUGCAAUUUAUUAGAUAAUAUUUUUUUAACAUAGGUGUGAAAAAUUCUACUAUACAAAUCAAACGAAGGGUAAAUGGUAAUAAUUUUAUCCUUCACCAUUUCUUGCAAUUUGAAUAAAGAAUGCUAUAUAUUUGCCACAUUGACUGUACACUUUCAAGAACAAUAGAUAAUAUUAAUCUUUAAUAAUUGUAUUUUAAUAAAUUGACUUCAGUUGACACUCGCUGUAAGUCUGAUUGGACGUGUGUGCAAUUUAUUAGACAACAUUUCUUCAACAUGAAUGUGCAGCCUUCUACUGAACAGUUAGUUGAAUGUUCCCGUCAGAUCAUUAAAGCUAAACAACGAUGGGCAUGGUUAGUACUUGGAUGUGUGACCACUUGGGAACACCAUGUGCUGUUAACCCUAGGGAGAUGUGUAAUGGCUAUGUGAAAGUGUUGUCAAGUUCUCCCAAAUCCAUAAGAGAAAGAGAAACAAAGACAUAUGAGUAAUCAUUUAUUUAUAAAUUGAUGUGUAUACAGCAAUCCUACAGGUUCCAAAAGGAGAGCGAGCAUAGAUUGGGAUGACUAUUUUAUGGGAGUAGCAUUAUUAUCUGCUAAGCGUAGUAAAGAUCCGGUUACUCGUGUAGGAGCAUGUAUAGUAGAUGAAAAUAACAUAAUAGUAGGCGUUGGAUACAAUGGUAUGCCCAGAAAUUGCAGCGAUGAUGUAUUUCCUUGGGAAAAGAAUUCCAAUGAGGAGUUGAACAAUAAGAAACUAUACGUAUGCCACGCAGAAAUGAACGCUAUAUUAAAUAAGAAUUCGAGCAAAUUGGAGGGUUGUAAGAUGUAUGUAAGCCUUUUUCCCUGCAAUGAGUGUGCUAAAGCAAUUAUUCAAUCUGGUAUAAAGCAGAUUUAUUAUAUGUCUGAUAAAAACAAAAAUAAAAUUGAUACUAAAGCGUCUAAGAAAAUGCUUGAUGCUGCUAAAGUUGUAUAUGAACAGUUUACACCACGCAAAACGAAAAUUGUGAUUGAUUUCGAUGAUGUUAAUUCCGAAUUAAGUUUAAACAAUUCUCUAUCAAGUUUAAACAUUUCUAAAUCUGUAGACAAUGAAACUAAUUGAGAUGUAAUCAAUCGUAACAACAACGACUACGAUUUGCUGACUUCAUCGUUAAAAGAUAAUAAUAGAAUUUUACAGAUGCAGAUAUAAGUUCGUGAAGAGAAAUAUGAAACAAAAAUGAAACUUUAAUAAAAAAGUUGAAUAAAAUAAUAUUUUAAUAAUAGAUUACGUAUAUAUAUUUGUUUAUUUAUUUUUUAUUUUCUUCUUGACAUGGUAUAGGUCAAAUCUUAUUUAAAUAAGAAGUCACCAUUAAAGUCGUAAUUGUGUGACUUAGAUUGCUGCACAAAUAGGUAUUCUCUGAAGAAAGUCAGUCAAUAUUUACAUAUAAAAUUUAAUGAAGAAUAUAGGUACAAACGCAGAUAGAGAAUACCACAAUUUUUUUUUAAUUCUUUACACAUAUAGUUACUUUUAUUUUCCACUUUUUUAAUCGGUUGUGGAUAUUUAGUAAGAAAUAAAUAAACUAAUGUACA